AUGAGAAUAUCGGUAGCUCUGGUUAUUAUCACUGCCGCCCAUUGCACGGAUAGCUUGACCACCGGAGUGGAUGUCUACCUGGGCACCCAUGACCGCACCAAUGCCUCGGAGAAGGGCCAACAGAUUGUUUUUGUGGAAACUAAGAAUGUGAUCGUGCACGAGAACUGGAUCGCCGAUACCAUCACCAACGAUAUUUCCCUGAUCAAGUUGCCAGUGCCCAUCGAGUUCAAUGAGUUCAUCCAGCCCGCCAGUCUGCCAGAAAAAUCCAAUAGCUACGAGACCUAUACCGGCGAGUCAGCUAUUGCCUCCGGGUGGGGCAAGAUCAGCGACUCUGCUACCGCAGUCACCGAUAUUCUGCAAUACAUCGAUGUACCUAUCAUGAGCAACAGCGGCUGCUCUCCAUGGUACUUGGGUCUCGUUGCCGAAACCAACAUCUGCAUCAAAACCACCGGUGGCACCUCCACCUGCAACGGCGAUUCUGGCGGUCCUCUGGUCUUGAAAGACGGCAAAAACACCCUAAUCGGAGCCACCUCCUUCGGAAUCGCCUUUGGCUGCGAGGUGGGCUGGCCGGGGGUAUUCACUCGCAUCACCUCCUACUUGGACUGGAUUGAGGAGAAGAGUGGUUUGGCCAAUUAUGGAAACUAAGCUUUGAUUUCUUUCUUACAAUAAAUGUUUAUUUUUGGAUUAUAA